AUGAAAGUAACAUUUAGCUUAUUUUUUAUCCUUGUAAUUGCAACCAAGUUGAACUCUAAAUAUAAUGUAUAUUGUUCUAAGGAUUAUAUUAAUGAAUCUAACGAAGUUAAACAUAGUCCUUAUAUCUUUGAUUUAAGUAGUUAUGAUUUAGAUAGACAAAAUAAUUUUUUAAUAAAUUUAAAACACGAUGAACCUAAACAGAAUUUGAGAAAAAAGAGAAAUGAAAAUUCGCUAGAAUAUUCAGAGGAAAAUAAUUAUAAUACUGAUGAAUAUAUGACCCCAAAUUAUCCUAAUGAUGUAAUUUCGCCUGAACAGUCAGAAUAUGAAACCCCAAGCCCAAAUUAUCCACGACAAUAUCCCCCUGAUUAUGAAACAUAUGACACCUCAAAUAUAAAUGAAAAUGAAUCUUCUUAUCAUAAAAAAUUAGAAAGCGAAGCCUUUGAAACGCCUGAGCUUCCAUACCCUAACAAUGUAAAAACCAAAAAAAAUUAUGAUAAUUCAGGUGUAGAAUCCAAUAAUGAAGAUACCACCGAAGUUAAUUACAAUACAGAACAGAUAGGUAUGAAUGGAAUUUAUGACAAUAAUGAACCAAAUGGAAUUUAUGAAAAUAAUGAACCAAAUGAUUUUGAUAAAAAUAAAGAAGCAAAUGGAAUUUAUGAAAAUAAAGAAGCAAAUGGAAUUUAUGACAAUAAUGAACCAAAUGGAAUUUAUGAAAAUAAUGAACCAAAUGAUUUUGAUAAAAAUAAAGAAGCAAAUGGAAUUUAUGAAAAUAAAGAAGCAAAUGGAAUUUAUGACAAUAAUGAACCAAAUGGAAUUUAUGAAAAUAAUGAACCAAAUGAUUUUGAUAAAAAUAAAGAAGCAAAUGGAAUUUAUGAAAAUAAUGAACCAAAUGGAAUUUAUGAAAAUAAUGAACCAAAUGGAAUUUAUGAAAAUAAUGAACCAAAUGAUUUUGAUAAAAAUAAAGAAGCAAAUGGAAUUUAUGAAAAUAAUGAACCAAAUGGAAUUUAUGAAAAUAAUGAACCAAAUGGAAUUUAUGAAAAUAAUGAACCAAAUGGAAUUUAUGAAAAUAAUGAACCAAAUGAUUUUGAUAAAAAUAAAGAAGCAAAUGGAAUUUAUGAAAAUAAUGAACCAAAUGGAAUUUAUGAAAAUAAUGAACCAAAUGGAAUUUAUGAAAAUAAUGAACCAAAUGAUUUUGAUAAAAAUAAAGAAGCAAAUGGAAUUUAUGAAAAUAAUGAACCAAAUGAUUUUGAUAAAAAUAAAGAAGCAAAUGGAAUUUAUGAAAAUAAUGAACCAAAUGAUUUUGAUAAAAAUAAAGAAGUAAACAAGCCAAUCCAUAAAAAUGUAGAUAUGCAUAAUAUUUUUAUGAAGGGAAUCGAUUUAUGUAAUGAUAUUUUUGAUUUUAGAAACAAUAAAUCUGCAUUUAAGUAUGAAAAUAAUAUGAAUAAGGAAAUUAUUUCAGAAGAAUCAGCAAAUAGUGAGAAAAAUCAAAUUCCCAUUGAUAAAAAAAAUAAUAUUGAUUCCAAAUCCGUUAUUUCAAAAGUUUAUGUAAUAGACAAUACACUUGAACAAUAUAUGAAAGAUAUAUAUUCCAUAUUAAUAAAUAUACAAAAUACUAUUGAAAAAAGUAAAACAGUUGUAGAAUAA